AUGAAGAAAGAUUUAAGAGAUGAUGUUUGCAUGCAGGUUGCCCGUUUUUUCUAUACAUGUGCAAUUCCAUUUAAUUGUGUGAAGAAUACUGAGUUUGAGAAGAUGUGUCAUUUGAUUGGAAAGUAUGGUAUUGGAUUGAAACCGCCGUCUUAUCAUAAGAUCAGUGAUAAAUAUUUGAGAAAAGAAAUUGAUAAUACUAUAUUAUUGCUUGAGGAGCAUAAAGCUAUGUGGAGAAAGUUGGGGUGUUCUAUAAUAUUAGAUGGUUGGACUGAUAAGAAUAAGAGGUUCAUAUGCAAUUUCCUAGUGAAUAGCCCUAAGGGAACAAUUUUUUUUACUUCCACUGACACAUCAGACAUCUUCAAUACUGCAGUAAAAGUAUUUGAGAUGAUAGAUGAUAUAGUAGAGCAAGUUGGGAAAGAGAACGUAGUUCAAAUUGUCAUGGAUAAUACUGCCAAUUACAAAGCGACAGGUGAGAUGUUAAAGGAGAAACGAAAGAAGUUAUUUUGGACUCCUUGUGCAGCUCAUUGCAUAGAUCUUGUGCUAGAGGAUUUGGAGAAGAAGAUUAAGGUAUAUGAGCUGAUGAUAAUGAAGGGUGCAUAUCCUCUCAUUAAAGUGCUCCGCAUGGUGGAUUUGGAUGAAAAGCCCGCGAUGGGUUUUAUUUAUAAUGAGAUGGAGAAAGCAAAGCAUAAAAUCAAAGCAAACUUGAAUAAUGAUCGGAAAAGCUAUGAUCCUAUUUGGAAGGUUAUUGAUGAGAAAUGGAAGGUUCAACUUCAUAGGCCUUUGCAUACUGCUGCUUAUUAUUUGAAUCCUCAGUUGCAUUUUUCUUCUGAAUUUAGAGCUGAUAGGGAAGUCAUGCGUGGAUUAUAUAAGGUUAUGGAUAGGAUGCUAGACGAUGAAAAGAAUGAUAAGUUGAAAGAUAAGAAGAUCAGGAAGCAAGUUGAUCUUCAAGUGGAGGACAUUUCUUCCGAUAAUGAAUGGAUUGCUGAAGAGGAGACAGAGAAUACUGCAACCUCAAGGCGUAAUUUUAACUUGCGUGCUCUUAGUUGUGGGGAUGAUGGUGAUGAAGAAAGUGGAGGGAGUCAAAUUGGCGAUGAAGAUGCCGAGAAUAUGCGCACCCAACAACAUGCCACGAUUGAUGACUUGGAGCUUCCUGAAGAAGAUGAGUUUGAUACUUUGUAUGAUGAUGAUGUCGGUAACGAUGAAGAUUUGGAUGAGAUUUGA